GUGUGAAAAGGAGGUCUUACGGCAAGAAAAAUCGUACUACCGAUUGCUACCGAUAUCGCUGUGUAUGUGUGUUCCUCUGCACGUUCACACACAGCGACAUCUGCCGUACGACGUCCGUCCGGUUCAUGUCGCUUCAAGUAUUAGAAUAUAAAGUGUUAAUCUUAGCUUUCAUACGUGACAUGCGACAUCUACCGUACGACAGUCGGGUCGCAGCAUUAGUGGGUGAUGGAAUCCAGCUCUGUGGUUCACAUUACGCGGCUUCAUCCGUAUGAACCCUCGACCGUCUGUUUCGCGUUAUUGCAUUAGUUCUUAUCGUAUUGUUGCGAAAUUGGAGGAAAAAAAUGAGUGGCAUUGAUGUUAACAAGAAAUUGUUAAUAGCGUUGAUUGAAGAAAGGCCAGUAUUAUGGGAUAAAAGUGAUGAUACAUACAAAGACAGAAAUACUACGAAGGAAGCUUGGAAUGAAGUUUGUUUGGGGUUGAAAGAAGAUUUCAAAACAUUGAAAGACUCAGAAAGAAAUGUAUUUGUAAAAGAAGUUAUAAAAAUAUGGAGAAACAUCAGAGACGCUUAUGCUAGAACUUGUAGAAAAAGAAAUGAAGACAAAACGAGCGGAGCUGGGGCAUUCUUUACAAGGAAAUACUUGUAUGCUGAACAAUUGCAGUUCUUGUAUAACCUGGAUUGUGAGCGCAAAACACCAGACAGCCUAGACAGUGACAAAACCCCUGAGGAAAACUCCGAUUUACCACCUACUGACCAGGAACCCUCCGGAUUAGAAACAAAUGAUCAGGAAGCUGCAUGUUUUAAAAAGCCAUCUCCCAGAAUGGAGAAAAAAAAAUGUCGCUAUCGUGAACCAGAUCAGGUAGAAAUGAGAAUUUUGGCAGCACUAGAAAAUGAAAAACCAAACAGGCACUUGUCUUUCUUUAAAGGUGUUAUUCCUUCCCUUGAAAAAUUUGACGAUGAUGAGAUCAUAGAAUUUCAGAUGGGAGUGUUGCAACUUGUGAGCAACAUCAAACGACGCAAGCGAAUGAACACCUCCCAAUGUGGCUCAAUGUCCACGUGUGAAGGGAGACACUGGGACCUACAGCAACCGUAUCUACAGGAGAAUUUCAGAAGAGUGACAACACCAUCACAACAGCGUGCAUCCCAGUACUAUCAGAAUUUCAGCAGCCAACUUACUCAAUUAACUCCUGCUUCCUACACUGAAAGUUGUCCAUCCCCUGCGUCAUCUACUUGUUCCAACUCAAACAGCACUUCGGAUUCAUUUGAUUUCUGCUCACAAUAACUUGCAGACAAGACACUUUUUAUUUGGUACUUUUAUAACUUAUUUUCCAACAUUUGCAGAUGUCAUUCUUUGUAAUCAGUACUUUUUUAAAAUUUGUAAAAUAAACAUUAUUUCCACGUCUCAAAAGAAUUUAAUUUAACUUACCUUAUUGCAACAGCAAGCAUCUGUACAGGUGGAAUACAGUUCAGUUUGGUAUUUUGGCGUCGGUGUUCUCCAGUUCAUCAAAAGAUGAAGCAGACAUUUGAAAAUACAGUAAAACUUGGUUAUAGCAACAUCGGUUUCUGCGACACCUUGUCUAUUGCGUCAAAUAU